AUGCAAAGAUCAAAUUAUGGGAACUUCCCUCCAGCCAACUCUCCCCCUCUUCACCACCCAGUACCUCAACAUGUCUCUACAGUCCCUCAGCUACGAUCACCACCUCCCCCAAUGCCACAACAACAGCAUCAAUCAGGCUAUGGAAACCCCUACCAACCACAAGCUCCAGGGACUGCUGGUGCAUUCGGCGCAUAUGGAGACUUUAUAAAUGAUCCUACGGCGCAAAUGGGAUUCCAAGUUGGACAAACAGCUUUAAAACAUGGAACAGAAUAUGUGGAACAGAAUUUCAAUCGAUAUGUCAAUGUUUCGGCGCUGAAACAUUACUUCAAUGUCUCGAAUGGAUAUGUGGUCAACAAGCUAUUUUUAGUCCUAUUCCCAUGGAGACACAAGCCUUGGUCAAGGAAACAAUCGAUUGGUCCCAGUGGUCAAGAGGGGUGGUUUCUACCUCCUAGAGAUGAUCUCAAUAGUCCAGAUAUGUAUAUUCCAGUAAUGGCACUUGUAACUUAUAUCCUCCUUUCCACACUGUUGGCCGGCCUCAGAGGAGCUUUUCAACCAGAACUUCUUGGAUCAACGGCAGGAUGGGCAUUUUUUAUCGUGUUUAUUGAAAUUCUGGGAUUGAAGCUUGGAUGUUAUCUCCUAUCAAUUUCCAACGAGUCCCAGCUGCUUGAUUUGGUCGCCUACUCAGGAUAUAAGUUCGUUGGAGUUAUUGCCACUUUAGUCGUCAGUGAGAUCAUCAACGGCGGAAAAGGAACUGGCGGUUGGAUUGGGUGGACUGUUUUCAGUUACACGUUCCUCGCCAACGCUUUGUUUCUGCUACGAUCCUUAAAAUACGUUUUACUUCCUGAAAAUACAACUGAUGAGCGAGGAACCAUGCAAACAGUUGCGCGAUCGCAGAAGAGCCGAAGGACACAAUUUCUCUUUAUCUACUCAUACCCUGUACAAUUGAUCUUCAUGUGGGGACUUACAAGAGCGUGA